CUCCGUCGGUGUCGGCUUCGUCAGUGUCGGCUUCGUCGGUAUCGGCUUCGUCGAUGUCGGCUUCAUCGGCAGUUCCGUCGGCGUCUACCAUACUUACUUCAGUUAAGUCGACGAAAGAUAGCGAUCCCCCGACCGUGCGAUUUACCAAUACGCAAGAUCUCUUCGAUAUCAUUAAUUCCACUACUGGGGAUUUCCUUGCCGUCACAAGUAUAAUAUUACUAGGGGGGAAUUAGUACUAAGAUUUCGACUUCUUUUUCUUUGCGAUCCAGGCCCGUAAGAGGGAGAUUUUGUACUUGGUAUUCAGAGCCUGUAGCUAUAUGUAGAGAAGGUCUGGGCUCAGCUACCGAGAUUAGACUAGCUAACUAGAAAUCAGUAGAGGCCGGUAAAGUCGGAUAGAGGGCGCUGUAGUGGAAUAUCUUUGCGCGCCUUCUGCAAAUUAGUAGGGAUCUCGGCGAUGCUGCUGGCGUAUGAGAGUGCGGCUUCCUCGGCGAGAGCGACAUAGUCGUUAGGCUUCUUGGCCUCGAUAAUAGCCUCGAGGAUGAGCUGGUGGAUCCAGCCCGCUGGGUCGCUGAGUC